UUCCUCCCCAAACGCCCAAACCCCCAAUUCAAUCAAGAUCUGCACUUCCACCGAGAUCAAUACUCAGCCUUAUUUCAACCAUACCAGCACUCAAGAUGACUUGCUAUUGUGCCAAUUAUUAUGGCUCGAUCAACUGCCACAACACCGUACCUAGGUUCGGCGACCGAUGUGCUCUUUGCCUUUCAACACAAGCUGGCAGCUCAAGCAGCUCAAGUAAUCAGAACGGAAUCCCCCAAGCCGACGAGCAAUGGGUGGAGAAUGUCAACAGGGAAAAGAUGAGGAGGGAUGAGGAGAAGACGAGAAGGGAGAGGGUUAGCCGGACAACUUCCGGAAGAAAUGGAUAGAGGCUGUCAGGCUAUCGAUUUGAGAAAUUGUCUAUUUAGCGGGACGGCGGCUUUUUGAAUUUGUUAGAGGCGUUUUGAGGUCCAUGGGGCACGGGAACGGAAAAGCAUAGCCAUGGCUGGGCCAUUGAGGGGUAUAUCAAUC